CGUCGCUUCCUCUGCAUCGCUGCACUCGCUCGCUGCCGCGGCCUGCUGCCCGCCAAGCACGGCCAGCCGGCGUCUGCGCCGUGCAGCAACGGCACUUCCCCGCGCACCCCCUCCAGCCAAGCCCUGCCGCCGGCGACCCAUCCAGCCAGGCCCUCUCCAUGCGGCUAGUGCCCUCCUGCGCCUCUGCCUGUGCCUUGCACCGCUCCUGCAGCCCUGACGGGCGCACCUGCAGAGGGCUGUGCUGACUCUGACUCGACUGGCAACGCGGCCAGCACUGUCCCCUGCCCCUUCUUGCGCCUCGGGCAUCGUCCAGCUGUCGUACGUGCAGCAUGCCGGCGUAUCCGACGGCGCAGCGGAUGCAUGUGGCGUGUUGAGCAGCCGCUCUCUCUGCUGACUGCGUCCCUCCGUCGGCGGCUGACGCGCCACGUCGUCGUGUCCCUGUCCGUCGAGCACCACGCGCCUACACUCGGCCAACUCCGCCGCCGCUCCUCUCACCCCGCACUCGACACAGGAUCUCGAAGGGAGCCGACGAGGACCCCGAGCUGCCGGGCGUUGUCCCGCCGCAGAACAGCAGCUCAGCCACCCCCGCAUGCCGCACGCUGUGCUUGUUCUGACGCCGCAGCGGAGGCAGACGCGGAGGUGCGGCUGGCGGGCAUGCAGGGCCCUGCUUCUUGCUGUGCAUUCCGCACCUCAGCCCAUCUCGUGGUGCCCCAAACAACGCCGAUGCACACUGCACACGCUCUCUUGGACAGCAGCCCGACAGGUGCAGCUCGGCCAUGCAGCAGCAGCCUGCAGCAGCAUGCAAGCCGCUGCCUCCCGUCCGUAAAGCCGCUGAUGGCCGCGAGCACGAUCUGGGGUGGCGACGCCGCGGGCCUGUCGACCCUGCCAGACGCUCAGGCCUGCGUUGCGGCGAGUCCAGCCUCAGGCUUGGUCCGGCCAAGGGCACGAUUGCAAAUUGCCGUGGCCUUAGCGCGUCCUCGCAGGCACAGGCGCCGGCUGUGGCGCCUGGGCAAGCGUUCCUUGAUCAUGCGCCGGGAGCCUUGCUGGUCUGCUGCUGCUGGGCUCUGUGCUGGCCCGCUUGGCCGUCGCGUCCGCCUGAUCGCGGCCUGCGCCGCCAAGAUGAGGAGGGAGCCUCGAUCCGCUCCUCUGUGCCGCUAUUCCCGCGGCGCGAGGUCCAAGCCUUGCUGUGAGGGCAGCGCACUCCACGGACAUCCGGCCGUCAUGCUCUGCGCAUGUCCUGUACCAUGCCGGCGUGUUGCGGCUUGGGAGGUGCCUUGCAGUCCCCUGGUGCCGGCGGUCAGGGAAGGGUUGCAGGCCAGUCGUCCUGCGCUGCGCAUCUCCGCCAUGCGCGCGCCGCGCUGUCUGGCCGACCCCAGCCGCGCAGCCACUCCGCCACGCGACACCCGACACCGAGCAAGGCGGAGUACGAUGGCUACCCCGCAAUGUCUACCCUCGCAGAGAUGACGCGGCUGCCUCGGCCCGACGUCGAUGCCGAGGCCGAGGUCGUGUGCGCAGUGCGGGGCCCCGUGUGCUGAGGAUCGAGGAAGAUUGGCUUAUAGAAGCGACGAAGGAACUGGCUCCAGCUGGGGCGCGGGCGCCCGCAAGAGCUGGAGCAUCAGCAGCCACAGCCGGCAGGUGCGUAGCCGACGGAUGCGAGAGGGCUUCGCACA